AUGGCGGUGCCCCGCGUCGGCGCGGCCGUGUGCAUGCGCGACGCCGCGUCGGAGGGCGUCGUGGCGCGCGUCGACGCGUCGACGGUGCGCGUCGAGUGCGCCUGGGGCAGCGCCGAGUUCCCGGCGCCGUCGCCGGCGCCCGCCGUCGGCGGCGCGGUCGCGCUGCCCGGGCCCUGCGCCGGCGUCGUGGUGCAAAUCGAGGGCGACGCCGUGGUCGUCCGCGCGGCCUGGGGCUCCUGGCGCGCGGCCUGGGCGCGCGUCGGCGCGCGGGGCUUCGGCCCGCCCGGGACGUGCGUCGCGUGGCGCGCUCCGGACGGCGCGCGGCGGACGGGCGUGCUCCUCGGCUGGCGCGCGGCCGACGGCGCGCACCUCGUCGCGCCGGGCCUCGACGUCGUCCCGAGCGGCGACGUGCUGCGCGCGCUGCCCUGCGCGGACGGCUACGCGGUCGUCACGCCGUUCGGCCGCGGCGCGGCCGCGGCCGUCGGCGACGGGGCGACGCGCGCGGUCCUGGACUGGGGCGGCCGCCUGGUGGCGCCGCACGACGCGCGGUCCGUCGCCUGCCCCGCGGCGACCGCGGCGCCCGUCGCGCACUGCGUCUCCGGCGCGGCCGUCGCCAUGGUCGAGACGGCGAUCGGCGCGCUCAAAAAGCUCACGGACGCGCUGCCCGCGUCCGUGCGCGACGCGCUCCUCGCCGAGGACCUCGACGACCGCAUCGACGCGGGGCUCUCCGAGGCGACGGGCCUGCUGGAGCGCGACGCGCCGGCGCUCGACCGCCUCGUCGCGCGGACGAAAGGAGCGACGCGCGACCCAGGGCAGGAAAAGAGAGCGAAAUUCCCAACUUCAAAGGCUCCUUUCUCGGCCGUUUUCUACUCGCGCGACCUCCGGUCGUCGCUCGCGACGGCGCUCGAGGCCGACGACGUCGAGGCGGAGCUCGCGGCGCUCGCGCGGCGCAAGUCGGGCGAGGCCGCCGACAUCUACGAGGCCACGGCGCGGGACGUGGGCGACGAGGCCGCGGAGCUCGAGCUCUACCGGACCGCGGCGGCGUCCGACGGGCCCCGGGACCUCCGCGCGCUCGUCGACGGCGCGUCGAGCGAGCUCGCGAGCUCCCUGGAAAGAGCGGAGGCGGACCACCCGGAGCUCCGGCGCGCGCGCGACGAGGUGACGGACCUGUCGGGCGCCGUCGGCGCCGCCGUCGCGGAGUCGCGCGCGGCGCGGGAUUUGGAGGCCGAGGUCGGCCGCGCGCGCGCGGCGCUCGAGGCCGAGAGCCGCACGGGCGCCCUCGCGACGCUCAUGGGCGCCGAGGUCGGCGCGGACAACCGGGGCGACGCGCUCAAGGCCAAGGCCCGGGAGGUCGCGGCGCGCGUCGUCGCGAGCAAGCUGCUCGACGGCGACGCGUUCGAGCGCGCGUUCGACGACGCGCUCGCGGCCGCGCGCGCGAGUUCCUGGUCCCUCGUCGCGGAGAGCGCCGGCGGCGCGGGCGAGGCCGCGGCGGCCGUCGCCCACGCGGCGGCGGACUUCGCGCGGGCCUGGCUCCGCGAGGCGCGGUCCGCGGGCUUCUCGCGGCUCCCGCCGGACGCGGCCGCGGACGCGCUCCGCGCGGCCCUCGCCGCGGCCGUGGAGGCCGCCGAGGCCUGCGGCCUCGGCGAAAGCUGGCUCCUCGACCUCGCCGUCGCCGCGGACGCCUACGAGGGCGCGCUCGCGCGGGCCGCGACCGCGUCCGUCGACGAGUUGGUCGCGACGCUCGCCGAGGGCGCGCCCGAGUCCGGCGACGACCUCGCGCGGCGGGCGGCGACGCUCGCCCUGGGCUACGCCGGCGGCGGCGACCACAACGCCCUCGGCGCGCUCCUCGCGGAGUCGCCGCUGAAGUCCGCGCUCGAGGACGUCGCGGGCAGCGGCGACGUCGCGGCCGCGAGCCGCCGCGCGCUCGACGGCGACGCGGCCGUCGACGGCGUGCGGCGCGUCGCGGACGCGUCGGCGUCGCUCCUCGAGACGCUGAGCGCGCUGAACCGCGACGAGCGCGUCAUGCACUUUGCCCAAAUGGCGACGGACGACGACGGCGUCCGCGACGCGCUCGACGCCGUCGCGACGCUCGACGCGGACGACGUCGUCGCGACGGCCGAGUCGCUGGCGGCCGACGCGUCGGCGCGCGACGACGUCGUCCGCAAGGUCAACGACGCGGCGCUGGGCUUCUUGCUGCGCCACCUGCCGGCGAUGCCCGUGCCCCCCGUCGACGUCGAGUCCGACAACGUCGACUACUUCCUCGACAAUUUGAAUUUGUCCCAGCUGCGCAUCGACGAGAACGACGUCACCGUCGACGUCGCGUCGUCCGACGGGUCCCGGGUCGUGCGCAAGGGCGUCGGGCUCCGGGCCGGCGGCGACGACGCGGACGUCGACGGCGGCGGCGCGCUCUUCGCGCUCAAGGCCGUGCGCAUCUCGGCGACGUUCCCGAACCUGACCUGGCGCUUCCGGCAGAAGCAGUUCCCCUUCCUCGAGGCCGAGGGCCGCGCGGACGUCGCCGUCGCGGACGCGUCCGUCGCGCUCGCGCUGAGCGCGCGGCGCCGGAACUCGGAAAGCGGCGACCCGGAGCCCGUCGUCGCGCUGACGCGCUGCGACGUCGCCAUCGACGACCUCGAGCUGACCAUGGACGAGCACCGCUUCUCCUGGGUCUUCAACUCCCUCGCGGGGCUCUUCCGGGACCAGAUCCGCGACUACGUCUGCGAAGCUUUACGGGACCUCGUCGUCGACAAGAGCCGCGACCUGCUCGAGCCCAUCAACGCGCUCCUCGGCGCGUCCUGGGCGCCGCUCCGGCGGGCGCUGGACCUGCCGGACGUAUGCGACCUGCCGCGGCUCGAGGGCGACUGCGCCGCGGGCGACGUCGACGUGACGCUCCGGGCACCGGGGCCCCUGGGCCUCGAGCUCGCGCAGCACCCGGACGACCCGCGCCACCUCGCCGUCGCGGGCCUCGUCGCCGGCGGCCAGUGCGCCGCGGCGCUCGCGCAGCAGGGCUUCUCCGCGGACGACGUCGCCGGCGCGCGAUUGGUCGACGGCGCGGACGCGCGGGACCUCGCGCGCGACGACACGGUCGUGCGCGUGACGUCGCCCGCGCGGCCCCGGGUGCUGGGGCUCGAGCUCGCGCCGGGGGCCCGGGCCGCGCGCGCGCGGCGCCGCGGCGGCGGCCGCGGCGGCCGCGCGGCGGACGUCGUCCUCUUCGACGCGUCGCCGCCGGGCCGGCGCGCGGAGACCAUCGGCCUCAAGCUCAAGACGCACGGGACGAUGACCGAGGCCUGCGUCGUCAAGGACUUCGCGCGGGGGCCGAACGGCGAGGUCGCGGCGGGCGAGCGGCGCGGCGCGACCGUCGGGCGGCUCCUCCGCAUGUCCGCGGGCUACGCGACGCCCGCGCUCGUGGGGCGGCGCGUGCUCGCGGAGGCCAAGGCCGCCGCGGCGAGUGGGGCGGCCUUUUCCGUGACGCUCGCGCCGCCGCCGGACGUCGUCGUCGCGCUCGCGGCCGGCGACGCCUUGAACGUCGCCGUCGGCGACGUCGACGGCCGCGCGUACUUCGUCCUCGGCGACCAGCCCCAAAACCUGGCGGACCGCGGCUUCGCGCCGGGCCUCGCGCUCGUCGCCGUCGGCGACGCGGCCGUGAGCCCGCGGACGGACGCGGUCGCCGACGUCAAGCGGCUCCUCGCGGACGCGGACGCGAAGACGGCCACGCUCCGCGACGUCCCCAAGUACGAGCACCUCCUCGCGCGCUUCGCCACCGACGACUGA